AUGAGCCGAUUCCUGAACGUGUUACGAAUCUGGCUGAUGAUGACGUCCAUCAUAGCCGCGGGUCACUCGCUGCAGAGCUUCCGAGACCACACCUUUCUCUAUGAAAAGCUCUAUACCAGCAAGCCAGACCUGGUGAAUGGCCUCCAAGCUCGGACCUUUGGAGUCUGGACGCUGCUCUCAUCAGUGGUUCGCUGCCUCUGUGCCAUCGACAUUCACAACAGAACGCUCUACUACGUCACGCUCUGGACCUUCUUCAUUGUCAUGGGGCACAUAGUGUUUGAGCUGUUUGUAUUUGGAACCAUGGCUCCCACAAUUAACGUCAUGGCACCCUUCAUGGUGGCAAGUAUCUCAAUCCUGGGCAUGCUAGUGGGACUCCAGCACCUAGAAGCAGAACCAGGAUCCAGACAAAAGAAGAGAAACUGA